AUGGCUUCUGUUCUGCUGCCGCUGCCACUGCCACUGCCACAGUUAUCGACUUUGUUCGAUUGUUGUCGGAGCCGUAAAGAGUCGAGCUUUCCUCGCGCUGUCUACAAUUCUAACGCCAUUUCUUCCAAUUCCGGCAAUGCUCAUCAUUUCUUCCUUGGUCGAAUUUCCGGUUUGUGUGAAACCGGAAACCUCCAAGAAUCUUUUCGGGUUGUCGAGGAAUUCGCUGGGGACGACAAGGAAUCGUCCGACGCAUUUGUUCUUGUCCGAGAAGCGCUCGGGCUUCUCUUACAAGCUUCUGGGAGGAGAAACGACAUUGGAAUCGGGAGAAAAAUCCACCAGCUGGUUUCUGGGUCGACCCGGUUAAGGAACGAUGACGUCCUCUGCACCCGUAUUAUCACCAUGUACGCCAUGUGCGGCUCUCCUAACGAUUCUCGCUCUGUUUUCGACGCCUUUCGGAAGAAGAAUCUCUUCCAGUGGAAUGCUGUUAUCAGCUCCUACUCAAGAAACGAGCUUUACCACGAGGUUUUAGAGAUGUUUAUCAAGAUGAUCUCAGAGACUGAUCUUUUACCGGAUAAUUUCACUUUCCCAUGCGUGAUCAAGGCUUAUUCUGCGAUUUCUGAUAUUGGAAUCGGGCUUGCGGUUCACGGGUUGAUAGUAAAGACCGGAUUGGUAAAGGACGUUUUCGUGGGUAACGCAUUGGUGUUGUUCUAUGGAACACAUGGUUUUGUCUCCGACGCCUUGAAACUGUUCGAAGUAAUGCCUGAGAGAAGCUUGGUUUCGUGGAAUUCAAUGAUUCGAGUGUUUACUGAUAAUGGUUUCUCGGAAGAAAGUUUCUUGCUUCUUGGAGAAAUGAUGGAGGAUGAUGAUGAUGAUGGUGCGUUUAUGCCGGACGUUGCUACACUUGUUACAUUGUUGCCGGUUUGUGCGAGAGAAAGAGAAAUCAAGGCGGGAAAAAGUGUUCACGGGUUGGCUGUGAAACUGAGUUUGGACAAAGAACUAGUCGUUAACAAUGCCUUAAUGGACAUGUACUCUAAAUGUGGUUUAAUCAAUGAAGCACAAGUCAUCUUUAAGUUGAACAAUAACAAGAAUGUGGUUUCUUGGAAUACAAUGAUAGGAGGUUUUUCAGAUAUACAUGGAACUUUUGAUCUUCUGAGACAGAUGCUGGCAGGAGGCGAAGACGUCAAAGUCGAUGAGGUAACCAUUCUAAACGCAGUGCCGGUUUGUUUCGAUGAAUCGGCCUUACCGAGCUUGAAGGAACUUCAUUGUUACUCCUUAAAGCAAGAGUUUGUACAUGAUGAGUUAGUAGCCAAUGCCUUUGUUGCUUCUUAUGCAAAGUGCGGCUCGCUGAGUUAUGCGGAGCGUGUGUUUCGUGGGAUAGCGAGUAAAACAGUGAACUCUUGGAAUGCUUUGAUCGGUGGCUAUUCUCAGAGCGGUGAUCCUAGGUUGUCCUUGGAUGUUCAUUUGCAGAUGAAAAACUCCGGAUUGCUACCUGAUAUGUUUACUGUUAGUAGUCUUCUUUCAGCUUGUUCUCAACUAAAAUCUCUGCGGUUGGGAAAGGAAGUGCAUGGGUUUAUAGUCCGAAACCGGUUAGAAAGAGAUUUGUUUGUUUAUAUUUCAGUACUCUCGCUGUACAUUCACUGUGGGGAGCUAUUCACUGCACAGGUGUUGUUUGACGCAAUGGAAGAUAAAAGCUUAGUAUCUUGGAACACUGUGAUCUCCGGUUACCUUCAGAACGGAUUUCCUGAGAGAGCUUUGUUUCUCUUUAGAGAAAUGGUUUUGUAUGGAAUCCAACCUUGUGAGAUUUCUAUGAUGAGUGUGUUUGGUGCGUGUUCUCUGCUACCUUCUCUUCGGCUGGGGAGAGAAGCGCAUGCUUACGCUUUGAAGCGCUCUCUCGAGGAAGAUGCGUUUGUCGCCUGUUCUACAAUUGAUAUGUAUGCCAAGAAUGGUUCUGUAGCACUUUCACUUAAGGCCUUUAAUGGUUUGAAGGAGAAAAGCGCAGCUUCAUGGAAUGCGGUGAUUAUGGGAUGUGGAAUACAUGGGCGAGCAAAAGAGGCUAUGGUACUCUUUGAAGAGAUGCAAAGAACAGGUCAUAGUCCUGAUGAGUUAACAUUCUUAGGUGUUCUAACGGCGUGUAAUCACAGUGGUCUGAUCCAUGAAGGGCUGAGAUAUCUGGAUGAGAUGAAGCAUUCUUGUGGGCUAAAGCCAAGUUUAAAGCAUUAUGCUUGUGUCAUUGAUAUGUUAGGCAGAGCUGGACAACUAGACGAGGCUCUAAGGGUUGUUAAAGAAGAGAUGUCUGAGGAACCUGACGUUGGGAUUUGGAAUUCUCUGCUCAGCUCCUGCAGAAUCCAUCAAAAUCUGGAGAUGGGAGAGAAAGUUGCUGCCAAGUUAUUCGAGUUAGAACCAGAAAAGGCUGAGAAUUAUGUUCUGCUAUCCAACUUAUAUGCCGGAUUAGGGAAAUGGGAUGGUGUGAGAAAAGUGAGGCAGAGAAUGAAGGAGAUGAGUCUGAGAAAGGAUGCUGGAUGCUCCUGGAUCGAACUAAACGGGAAGGUUUUUAGCUUUGUUGUUGGUGAAAGUUCCUCAGAUGAUUUGGAGGAAAUCAAAAGUCUUUGGAGUAUAACAGAGACAGAGAUUCGGAAGAUGGGAUAUAGACCGGACACAAAUUCAGUACACCAUGAUAUAAGUGAAGAAGAGAAGAUUGAACAGUUGAGGGGACACAGCGAGAAGCUUGCCAUAACUUAUGGGUUGAUCAAAACUUCAGAAGGAACAGCUCUCAGAGUUUACAAGAACCUAAGGAUAUGUGUGGACUGUCACAAUGCAGCGAAGUUGAUCUCCAAGGUCAUGAAAAGAGAAAUAGUUGUGAGGGACAACAAAAUAUUUCAUCAUUUCAAGAAUGGGUUUUGUUCUUGUGGAGACUACUGGUGA